GCCUGACCCAGCUCUCGACUCCAAGUGCUAGAUACAGUGAACAACUAGUCAAGUGCGUAGCAUCGAUCCGUUAGGCGACAUGGCUUUCGCGCUCAAGGCGCCCCCCUCCACGUCGUCCACGGCUACGUCGCUGAGCCACCCGAUGCGCCAACGGCAUGCGGCAGCCGUGACGGUGGCCGCGCCGGGGAGGCUUGUCGUCCGGGCGGUCGCGGCGGUGACCGCGCCCGCGCCUUCUGCGAAGCGCGCGUCGCGGUCCGCGGCCGGCGAGCGCGGCCUUUCCGUGGCGGAGGCCAUGUCUCGGGUCAGGGCGAGUGGCAAGACGGCGUUCAUCCCGUACAUCACCGCCGGCGACCCCGACCUGGCGACCACGGCGAAGGCGCUCAGGCUACUCGACUCCCUCGGCGCCGACGUCAUCGAGCUCGGCAUGCCCUUCUCGGACCCCUCCUUGGACGGGCCGGUGAUCCAGGCCUCCGCUGCGCGGGCGUUGGCUGCCGGCGCGACCACGGACGCCGUGAUGUCGAUGCUCAAGGAGGUGACGCCGGAGCUGUCCUGCCCCGUGGUCAUCUUCUCUUAUUUCAACCCCAUUGUGCGCCGUGGGACGGGGAACUUCGCUGCCGCUGCCAAAGAAGCCGGUGUCAAAGGUCUUAUUAUACCCGACCUUCCAUACGACGAGAUACGCGGUUUCAGGAAAGAAAUCGUCGAGAACAAACUAGAACUGAUUCUCCUUACAACACCAGCUACACCAUUAGAGAGGAUGAAAGAAAUCACAAAAGCUUCAGAAGGGUUCAUUUAUCUUGUAAGUGCCAUUGGAGUUACAGGAGCCCGGGCAACCGUAAACCCACAUCUCAAGGAUCUUCUUCAGGAGAUUAGACAGGUCACAAACAAGGCAGUGGCGGUCGGCUUUGGCAUAUCAACCCCGGAACAUGUUAGCCAGAUUGCCGACUGGGGUGCAGAUGGCGUGAUCAUUGGCAGUGCAAUGGUGAAACAGUUGGGUGAAGCAAAUUCUCCAAGAGAAGGAUUAAAUAGGCUAGAAGUAUAUGCCAGGAGUUUGAAGAAUGCACUCCCAUGAUAUGAAAUUAACAUAGUUAAUUAUUUAGCGUGGCGAGCCAUCAUGGUGGUCAAAAUUUUAAUGGGUACGUAGAAGCAUAGAAGCUAUUGCAAUUUUUGUGUCACAAAAAGACGGUAUUGUUUACUUUGUGCUUCCUCUGUUCAUAAAUAUAAGUCUUUCUAGAGAUUUCAA